AUGGGAUGGACCUUUCAUGACAGCAAUCAUCUCCUCCUUCAGCAGAACGCAAAGGCCCAAAGGUUUAUCGCCUCACCUCUGGUAGCCGAAGCGUUGGCGAUUCGUUUGGCGCUUCAGAAUGCUCUAGAUCUAGGCUUCACUUGUUUGCAUGUGGCCUCGGACUCGAAUCAGACUAUCUCCGCAAUCAAUUCGGGGAUCUAUCUCUCGGAAGCUUAUAGUGUUCUUCAGGACAUCUCUCAUUUGGCUUCUCGUUUUCAUCUUGUUAUGUUUGUCUUUGUUCCUAGAGAUGCUAAUGUGUUAGCAGACUCUAUUGCCAAACUAUCUCUCCGAAAUUUAAUUUCGGAUGAGUAG